AUGCCUUAUCAAGCCUUUUCCGAAACAGGUGAUACUAUCGUUAACAUGGAGGAUGAGGAAGGAAUUAACGAGAAUAGCCCUUUGUAUCCCUUUGGUGUUCCUGUUAUUUUAUUGAAUGUUAAAUCUCAAAUGGCAUUUGUUCGUAAAGUUUGUAUAAUCUUUGCAUUGCAACUUAUAGUCACUAUAGCAUUUACAGGUUUAUUAUUAUAUCAGUAUCAUUGGAGACAUUUUAUUCAAAGAUUUGAUUGGUGUUAUCCAAUACUCCCAGUUUUAUCACUUAUUUUGUUGGUUGGAAUUACAUGGAAAUCAAAUGAUAGUUUUCAACCACCUUGGUAUUUAGUUGUUUUAUACACUCUACUUAAUGCUGUUAUUAUUGCUGCACCUACAACAUUGUUGAGAUUAUUCUGUGUACUUGACACUUUAAUCAUAUUAUUGGUAGUUGCAAUAUUUAUAAUUGGAUAUACAAAUCAAUACACUUAUAGAUUUAAAAACAAAUCCGCCCAUAUGGAUGAUGACGAUGAUAAUAAUAAGGGUCUUCAAACCGAUCCAUCGAAAGCAACUCCCACCACUUUCAACUCUGUUACUUAUGAUCAACCUUACAGUCUGCUUAUGAAUCAUGGCACCUCACCAUUUACAGUUAUUAGUACUCCAACUACACAAAUUGCGCCAUCGACAGGAAUAGAGGAACAAGAGGAACCACUAUAUGUGAAUGCUAAACAAUAUCAUAGAAUUUUAAAAAGAAGAGCAGCUAGAGCAAGAUUAGAAGCUGAAAAUAAGAUACAAAGGGGACGAAAGAAAUAUCUUCAUGAAUCUCGACAUAAACAUGCUAUGAGACGUCCUCGUGGUCCUGGUGGUAGAUUCCUUACAGCAACUGAAAUUGCAGAAUUAGAACAAAAAAAUAAAGCAGAGCAGCAACCACAACAAGAUGACGGUCAACAAUCACAGCCACCACUACAACAAAAACAAGAUGAUAUUCAACAAGUUUGA